AUGUCGUGGACUUCAUUGUUGGUGGUGGAACAUUUGAUGUUACCUGUGGUUGCUCAUAUAGCUUUUGCUGGAAUGAUAUUAGCUAAUUCGAAACCAGGUCCCAAAUGCAAGCGACCAAUUGAAAAGAACCAAGGCUGCUUUGUCUUGGUGCGUGAUCUGAUCAUGGUGAAAGAACAGGUGGUUUUUAUGCAUGCAACCGUGAUGAGGCAGCAAAACAAGAGGGAGUGUAUGAUGACACAGAGAAACGAAGAGAGAUGGCUAAAAACUCUUUAG